AUGCCCAAGAUAAUCUCCAAGCAAAAUGUCCGUCCGAGCUUUUCCGAAGCCGACGAGUUCCUUCCCGAUCGUGCUGGCAACCAGGGGCUCACUGAAGAAACGUCAAAUGCAGACUCUUCAGACGAUUCUCCGUCCAAGAGAACGAGAAAGCCAGCGUCAAAGCGUUUGAGAGUCGAAUCGAGCUCCCCAGAGUCACGAAAGCCCCAAAUGAAACGACGUCGGAUUGGCGUAACCACCCCAGGCAAGAGCGAAUCAGUCCCUUCAACAGCACAAGCGCCACCUCAUCCUCCCAUUAUCGAUCAGUCCCUUCAACAGCACAAGCGCCACCUCAUCCUCCCAUUAUCGCACGAGACGCGCGGGAGGCUUCAGACGACACCAUGUCUGAAUCCCCGCCCAAAAGACCGCGAAAAGCCGGAGGGAUCACAACCGAAACGACGUCGAACCGGAACCGCACCGGAUCCAAGCGAGUUAUUUAAAGGCAGCACUGAGAGUGAGCAAGACGACGAAGCUGGGGCUAGUCAGCAGUCAUUAGCUGAGGAAGAUGAGGGGCACGCCGACCAUGAGCACAGAAUCUCUCAGCAGGAGGUAGAUGAUCUACGAUUGUCGAAUUCCCCUUCUACAUCUUCGAAAACAACUCGGCAAGAUCGCAAACAAAAGAACAUCGACACUUAUACGCAACAGCGACGGCGAAAACAGGCAGGCUUGAGAUUGGAGCUCCCAGAGCCUGAGGAGGGGAAUCUCGAGCAACACUCUCAGGACUCGAACUUGGCAGACGACGAAGGCACGCAAGAGAAUGGUGGCUCAGAGAGUGCGAUCGGCGACAAUUUUAUUGCGCCGGACUCUGAUGCUGACUCAAAUGACAACUCAGAAUCUUUCGUAGUCGACGAUGUCCAAUACCCAGGCGGGACGGAAAGCACAGACGAUCAAGAGGAUGACCGUCUUGGUCCAAACCUCGGGCUCGCGAUGAGGCAGUUCGUGCAAGGAAUUGUCAAACUCGCGUUUAUUCCUGAUAUUUUGGUCACCAACCCAGCGGCUUUGAAGGACUACUUGGACGCGAAGCACUUAUUGGAGUCUCGCAUCGAAACUUUCCUCCCAAUUUUUGGCGGAGCCACUUGGAUCGCCCCUUUCAAGUACACGUUAGACAGACGAGGUCAGCUCAACGGUCCCACCGCAACGUCCGUUCAGAACAGUCUCGAGGAACGCAAGUGUGAUGCUUGUUACUCUGCCGGGACGCAUUCUUGUCGCACCUCUCGUAUGUCGAUAGUAUCGACCGCAAAGGGUUUUUACGACCCCGAGACUUUCAUGGAUGUUCAAGAGACUAGCCAGCAAUAUGGCACAGGUACCGCAGCAGAUCUGAAAAAACGGACCGAGGCGCAGAAGAUGCUUUAUCCGCCCUGCUUUCCGCUGGUUAUCGGUGAACGUUGUGCUAGCCAGGCGUCCCAAUACCAUUACGUCCGUCAUCGGUUGUACCACAUUGCACAGCGAAUACGCCACGAAGUCGAGCAUCUGCGGGAGCAAUAUUCUGAAUAUAACGAGGAACGUAUGCUGGAAACACUGGAUGAAGAUCAGUUGGCUCAUAAGCUGUGGGGCAACCUUCAGGACGACCUUGCACAUUCAAGUUGGGAAGGUUUCCGGCUCAAAGGCAACACUUGA